GGGAUCAUUACUAGGCCCCUUCUCUCCCCUCCUUUUCGUGACCCACCAAAUAUCCAUUACAUGCUGUCAUAGCAAGACAGUAUGCCGUUCUCCCAACGUUGAAGCUUUUUAUAACCAAGAUCUGCUUCCCUCUGGUCCCCCUUCCUUCCCUCUCUCUCUCUCUCUCUCUCUCUCUCUCUCUUCCCAGAAACCGCGUGCUCAUCAAACUUUUCUCUUUUUUCUUCUCUUCUUCUUCUUCUUCUUCAGUAAUUUUUGGAUUGGAAGAGAAGAUAAAGAGAGUUUUUUGAGCUUUACACAGAUCUGAGAACCCAUGGACAGAGAUGAGUGAUUAGGAAUGGGGAAGAAAGGGAAUUGGUUUGCUGCAGUGAAGAAAGCUCUCAGUCCAGGCCCCAAGGAAAAGAAAGAUCAGAAAACCCGUAAAUCUAAGAAAACAUGGUUUGGAAAGAGCAGCAACUCGAAUGUGGUUUCUUCAACCGAAGAAACUGCAUUGCCUGUUCCUCGUGCUUAUUCGCCUCCUCCAGUAGAAGUGAAAUUGACUGAGAUUGAGAAUGAACAGAGCAAGCACGCUUACUCUGUGGCGAUUGCCACUGCUGCGGCUGCAGAGGCGGCUGUUGCCGCUGCUCAGGCUGCUGCAGAGGUUGUUCGUCUUACUGCCGUGCCUCGGUAUUAUGGAUUAUCAAAAGAGGAGAUCGCUGCUAUCAAGAUUCAGACGGCUUUCCGGGGCUACAUGGCAAGGAGAGCACUGAGGGCUUUGAGAGGCCUGGUACGGUUGAAAUCAUUGAUACAGGGGCAGUCUGUCAAAAGGCAAGCAACCACCACAUUACGAUGCAUGCAGACUUUGGCCCGCGUGCAGUCUCAGAUCCGUGCAAGGAGAAUUAGAAUGUCUGAAGAGAAUCAGGCACUGCAGCGACAGCUCCAACAGAAAAGAGAGAAAGAGCUUGAGAGGUUGAGAGUUUCUAUGGGAGAAGAAUGGGUUGAUAGCCAUCAAUCUAAGGAACAAAUCGAAGCAAAACUUUUAAGCAAACAAGAAGCAGCUGUGAGAAGAGAGAGGGCUUUGGCUUAUGCAUUUUCUCAUCAGCAAACUCUGAAGAACUCAUCAAAAUCUGCAAAUCCUACAUUCAUGGAUCCCAAUAAUCCCCACUGGGGCUGGAGUUGGUUAGAACGAUGGAUGGCAGCCCGUCCAUGGGAGAGCCGAAGUACAGUAGAUUAUCAUGACCGUGUUUCCAUCAAGAGCGCAGCAAGCAAUGCCAUGUCUAUGGGAGAUAUUACCAAAGCUUAUCACCGGCGCAAUCUCAGCCACGAUACCAGACCUUCCCCUACUGCGCAAAAAUCAUGGGACCAACAACCUAGUCAGCCAUCCCCGUCAACACCAUUGUCCAAGGCACCAUCAUUGUCGUCCUUAACUGGAAGAACUCCCAAACGAAAUGGCUGGGGUGGAGAUGAGGACUCCAGAAGCAUGCUCAGCAUCCAAUCAGAGAGGCACCGGAGGCAUAGCAUUGCAGGGUCUUCAGUGACAGACAAUGAGAGCUUUGCCAGCUCCCCUGCUGUUCCAAGUUACAUGGCACCUACACAGUCAGCAAAGGCCAAAUCCCGGUUGCCUAGCCCUCUGGGCUUCGAGACAAAUGGCACACCUGAUAAGGGAUCAGUGUCCUCUGCCAAGAAGCGUCUGUCUUUUGCUGGCUCGCCAGCUGUAUCAAGGAGGCACUCUGGUCCACCCAGGAUGGAUUCCAGUACUAUUAAGGACAGGGAGGAGAACAUGAGGAAUGGAGGCAGCAGAUAGUGGUUGACAAAGAAAGAAUACCAUCAAUAUAGGCAGAUGUUCAAUCAAAGUAUACUUAUUUUUUAUUAUAAAAACAAAAAAAGUAAUGGUAUAUGUGUGAUGUGUGAUGUGUGAUGUGUGAUGUGGAAGGGAGAAUGCUUUUAUCAUAUUGCCUAUGUUCAUCAUCCAUGUCAACAUAGUUUUCUUUGUCUUGAUCUUA